ACCAAGUGAAAGAGAAACAAUAAAUAUAUGUCAUUCUAAUAUUAAAGUAGACAUCUAUCAUAGAAAUAAUCCUGAAAUACGAGGUUAAAAGAAUAAACAAACUCAAUUUCUGGCUUCGAUAACGAGUAAUAAUUGUAUCUUCUACGCCUUAAUUCCUGCAGAUUUCUCUGACAUUCUACAGACCCUGCAGUCGUACGAAUCCCACCAGUUAUUCACAAUUUUAAGAUGAAUAUAUAUCCGAUACUCUUGUUUCCAGUUGCUGUCAUGUCCCCGGGGAUUAUUUUGCAUAAUACUGCAGCAGAUAAUUGUACUGGAUGUUACUACGAUGGACAUUGCUUUUGUUCAAAUCAGCUUGGCUUACAUUUAACACAACGUUCUUGUCUGAUGAUAGAAUGCAAAAAACAUCAACUAUUAGUUCAUAACGUAUUAUGCAAAGAUCAUUCAGGACAUUGCAUGAGAAAUGAUCAAGUCUGGCCAUCUGUCUACUAUAACAUAUGUGUGACACACUAUUGUGAAACACAUCGCUUACAAACAACACUUGCCACACGUUUUGAUUUAAAUAACCUUUUCAAGAUAUCAUCCUAACUCGAGAAAUGCAAAGACAUGCAGUCAUAGUUGCUAUAUAUGCAGACCACAGUGAUUUAGAAAUUAGCAACUCUCUAAAUGUUGCAAGAUCAUUUUUACACAAAGUUCGGUUGGAAUUAGAGUUAUGUGAUGGUAAUGUUUGACCUGUAUCAUAGAGAAAUUAGCAUUCACAACGUUCAGACACUAAAAUGACACCGGAGUUUAUACAUGUUCUAAAAAUUAUCAAUGAAAACCCCAGAAGAUCAAUGAGGUCCAUUGCUAAAGAACUUCGGAUCUCAGAGUCGACUAUCAGAACUGUGUACAUGGUGACAUUCGAUACUACAAGUGCUAUGUAAUGAGAAAAGGCCAGUUCGGGUCUGCAAAGACACAGGAAAACCAUCUCAUCCUUUCAAAACGGGUACUUAACAAAGUGAAAAACCGUUAUGACAAGGCAUGCUUUGGUUUUUCUCUGACGUAAAAAACUUCGACCAGGAUCAAAAGUUUAACAGAAGAAAUGUCAGAUACUCAUGUACAGAUCCUACUGAAUUAACCAGAGCGAUGCACGCGAAAUUUCCAGCAACUGUGAUGGUUUUAGGAGUGGUGAGUAGCGAAGGUCAUGAGAUGCCUCUCCACUUUUUUCCACAAGGUCUCAGAAUUAAUGCUGCUGGAUACAUUGAGGUACUGGAAACUGUUAUCAAGCCCUGGAUUGCUGAAGUAUGCAAUAGAAGGCCAUACGUGUUUCAACAAGAUUCAGCACCUCCUCACAAAGCCCUACGAUUGUGUAACAUCUUAUAUGUGGCCUCCAAGUUUGCCAGAUUUGAUCUCCAUGGAUUACUGAGAGUGGAGCGCUUUUUAAAGGGAGACUACUCGUCAUCCUCAUAAUACCAUAGCUUCACUGAAGGCCGCCAUUGUCCAGGUGACAUCCGAAGCGAAGGACGAUAUAAUGUCAGCAAGCCAGCGGUUUCGAUUCCGCAUCGAAGCAGUCAUCGAAGCCGAAAGUAGUUUCAUAGAAUAAUUUGCUUAGAAAAUAAUUAUCAAGACGAAUUGCACAAAUGUUUAUUCAAAUACAUAUUUAUUUAUACUGAAAUAUAGUUGUUUUAUUGUAUACCAAAACUGUCCUCAACUACCCCUCACACCCUGCAUAUACAGUAUGUGUGUAUGUGUGUGUGUUUGUGUGUAGUUCAAAUUUAGAGAAAACAUGAGACGGAGAUAGGGGAGGGCGCAACAAGCAGGUGUAUUAGUUUAACGCUCGAAAAGAAUGGAAAAGUCUUUGAUGUUUCGAUCCUACGUUCUUCGACAGAAAUGGAUGAGAGGUAAAAAUGAAGAAAGAAAAAACGGAGAGUAAUUCCGUCGGCUACGACUACCUGUGCUGCAGUUGAUUUCAUCAACAGAACGGACCGCUUCUGAAAUUAACAUGCAAAAUACUGAGCCCUCCACAGGCACGCGUACCCAUAACGUUAUCGUAAGAGAGAUACGACGUGACACACAGAAUAUGACAAGGCUGGCCCUUUGAAUUAGAGCUACAACUCAUUUUGUAUGCUUGCUUCUAUCUUCAAAAACUCCCGUUGCCAAAACUGUUGGCCGUGCCGAAUAUUUAGCGUUCACAAAUCUGCGCUCAAUCAUGUAACUCUCUCUCUCUUUCUCUCUCUCUCUCU